GUGAAUAUGGCUCUUUUUACCUUCUUUUAUCCUGUCAUUGCUCACAUCUGAUAGUUAAAAGUUUAGACGCUGAUUUGGACUUUAGACUUUAGAUCGUCUCUUCAGCUAUUUCAGCUUCUUACUUUUAUUCUUACUUUUCUAAUCCAGCGACUCUCAGGAUUCCUUUGAAUUCACUUCAUUUCCGUUUAAAUAGUUAUUAAAAUAAACUUUUGAAUAUUAUCUCACAUUAAAGACUACUAACUCAACAAAAUACAAAUGUUAUCUUUAAGAUUUCCUAUGCUACACUAAUGCAACUCUUGUGCGUAAUUCUCUUUUUUUACGCAUUGUGUGCUUGUUUUAAAGUUUCGAAACUUUUUGUGUCCUUGCUAGUUAAAAUCCUGAUUUGUAAAUCCACGAUGAAACUUUUUCUGUGUGGUGUGACCGGCUCGGUCGUCGGUCCUCUCCGAGUCUUCCCCGCUCUCAGCGUCUCUGGACGCGGACAGAGCAGCGCGCCGCUGCGGCUGGGAAUCAAACUUUUCCAGUGCCCCGGACACUGAAACUCCUCGAUCCCAGCGUCGCCGUCCCAGCUUUUUAGUCAAACACUGUUUCCACCCUUUUUUUUUUUUUUACGAAAAACAACACUGUAAGUUAUUCUUUCUCUAACAGUGUUUUUAAUGUUAAAAAGUUGGAUAAAGAAGGGAAAAGUGCUGUGACGAUCUGAAGAUCACACACAUCUUCCUCAGAUCCUGUAAAUACUCGUCGUUCAAACUUGACGUCAAGCAGCAUUAAUAAUUUGAAAGUCAGCCUCACACACGGAAACACAGUGACACAAUCAGUGUGUGUUUUAUUAUGAAAUAUGCACAGGGUGUAAAAAACAGAGAUAACUUUGCUCUUUGUUUUCAACUUCAACGAGCUCGCGCCUAAUUAAGACUUUUGGCCUUUUAUCAGCGCAUGUAGAUCUGACCAGUCUGUGCAGACACGGAGAAACUCUGCUGUUGUGCCACAUGUAACAUUAUUUUAUACAAAGUGACACUGAGAGUGAAAAUGCUCGAUUCUGUUCUGGAGCUGAGAGCCACAGUCAGCCAAGCGACUAAAAUAAGACGUCCCCAUAUUCUUUAACAGACGUUUAAAUUAAAAGACAAAAACCCUCCAAUAUAAGAGCAUCAGAUGCACUAAUAAUAAGAACGAAAUACUGAAUUUCUACAACGGACGUUGCGUCACGAUGUGUGUUUCCCUUGACCUUCUUUUAGACUUUAACAUCAGAGUAUUUGUGCAGUGAAGUCAUAUAAAAUUCGUCCUUAUUUCAAAAUAAACUAUUAAAUCAGUGCAGUCUAGUCUUUGAACUGUCAUAAAGUGUGUCCAGGCUUUGCCUCACAUUUUUUGCCCUAUUUUGAUUAUUUUAAUUUGUAGAAAGGAUCAGAUAUGCCCAUAACAAAACAUGCAGAUAAAAUGGGAAAUAUUUCAGCGUUGGACAGGCCUGUGGGACAAGGCCUCUAAAUUCAAUAUUUGCAAUUUCUGCCUCUCAAAGCCACAUUGUGUUUAGCUCUGCCUGAAAAGCAUGUGCAGGUAAUUUAAAAGAAACAUUUGCUUCUUUCAGGAGAAAGUCAUGCAUUUGCAGCAAAUUUCACGUGAUUUUUAGGAACUUGAUGAUUAAUGCAGGAUGCAGUUAAUUCCUGACUCCUGUUUUUUUCCUGCAUUUACAUUUAAAUCUAAUAAAGUUAAUAAAAAGUUUCUUUUGUCAGAGAGUUAAUUUAUUCUAUUAUUUCAAAUGUUAUAAUUAAUGUUAGCAGAUCUCGUUAGUGGUUAUGACAGGGUUGUCAUAUUUUCUGUAGUUUCUUGGGUAUUUUGCUGACAGAGCUCAUAACAAAUGUGCUGUGUGUCUUCAGUGGGAGUCGGAAGUGAGAACAGAAAGUCAUUGUGCUUGUCGCUGAAUGUCAGAGAUGCUGAGGGCCCGUGGUUACUGGGAGGUCGGAGUGAGAGCCACAGAGGGUGGGAUGUUGAGCUGUUUUAACCUUUGCCAGUGUCCCUCUGUGUGGAGGUGAGGAGAGUUCAGGGCCCAGUGUGUUCCUCUCUACCUCGCCGUUGACCCCUCUGAUCGGAGCUGCAGGCUCCCCGGCGAGGGCCCAGGUUUUUAUUCAAGUUAGUGUGUGUGUUUGUGUGGCGUGAGGCCUUAUCAAUGUUGUGGCCGUCCCCUUUUGCCCUAUCAGAGUGGCCCCCCUAGAGGGGAGAUUGGCAGGGCAGCCCGCUUUGCACUGUUGUUUCUUGUCAUUUUGCCAGUGUUUAUGUGGUGGGAGUCUAGGUGUAGCCUGAAGGACUUGCUUUGCCUUUUUUUUUUUUUCCUCCCUCCCCUUGAGCUUUAAGCAUGUCACCAGGGCAGAGCUUCUCAGAUGUGAGUUUCUUCCAGGACCUCGGCAGUUUUUAGUGGAACCCCAUCUAGUGUUCAGUGUCUGGAGCCGAUGAGAGCAGAAACCCUCCUGAAGUUACAAGUGUCAAGAGGCUCACAGAGGCCCCCCGCGAAAAAAAUAAUGGGACACAGAACUUUGCUCGGAGGACCCCCCCUGCAAGGAGUCAGACGCCCACGUCUGUAGCAGAUGUUGUGCUGAGUUCUUUGAACUAUCAGAUCUCGAGGAACACCAGAAGAAUUGCACUAAGAAUCAGUUAGUUCUGAUAGUGAAUGAAAACCCCGUCUCCCCCACCGGAACCUUUUCACCCGGGUCUCCUCCCCAUAAUCCCGAUGACCAGAUGAAUGACACGGCUAAUAACACUGAUCAAACUGAGUGCAGUGACCUAUUGGAGCCCAACAUUCUCGAAAAAGACGAAUCCAUGGAUGUGGACGUUUCCGGAAUGAGUAGUGGUCAUGAAGAGGAAGGCAGUCCUACAGACGAGGGGAGCCCAAUCAACACAGUUAGCAGCCAUGGUGUCAGGGGUCCCUCUGGUCCUGCAGUAGGUACUUCAGCUAUCUCUGCCCCUCUACCUCAGCUCAGAGACCUGACUGAGCUGGGGAACUUCUCCAUGAUCAACAGUAAUGUCAUAAUUGAAAAUCUGCAAAGCACCAAAGUGGCUGUAGCGCAAUUCUCACAAGAGGCUCGUUCAAAUGGGGGCCCCAGGGUGGCAGUGCCAGCCCUUAUGGAGCAGCUCCUGGCUCUACAACAGCAACAAAUCCACCAGCUGCAGCUUAUUGAGCAGAUUCGUCAUCAGAUACUGCUGUUGGCCUCUCAGUCCCCAGAAAUGCAGGUGCCCCCAACUUCAGCUUCAGGCACAAUGGGGCCUGCUGCCAGCCCACUGACCACACUCAGCUCCCAUCUCUCCCAACAGCUGGCUGCAGCCGCAGGCCUCGCCCAGAACCUGGCCAGCCAGUCAGCCAGUAUUAGCAGCCUAAAGCAGCUGGCUGCAGCAGCACAGCUACCUCAGUCCAACACAAGCAGCAGUGAGACAUCUCAGAGCAUUAGCACAUUGGGGCCAUCAACAGUCAAUGCCCAGUCCUCUGACAAGAGGCCGAGUCAUAUGAGUAGCCUCCACUCUCAGCUCAGCAACCCCUCACUAGCUAAGUCAUCAUCACCAUCAUUUGGUAUGCGUAGCCUGUUAAGCUCUGCAGUGAAUCCCCUUCUACCUCAGCCCCCACCUGGUAACCCCAUGUUCUCCAGCUCUCUGCCCAGUGUUGGCACUACUGUAGAGGACCUCAACUCUUUAGCAGCUUUGGCCCAGAGAACGAAAGGCAAGCAGCCAAAUGUCACCUCAUUUGAACACAAGAGCAGCUCUGAUGAUGCUUUCUUUAAGCAUAAGUGCCGUUUCUGUGGCAAGGUGUUUGGGAGUGACAGUGCUUUGCAAAUCCACCUGCGGUCUCACACUGGGGAGAGACCAUACAAGUGUAAUAUUUGUGGAAACCGCUUCUCUACACGUGGGAACCUGAAGGUGCACUUCCAGCGACAUAAAGAAAAAUACCCACACAUCCAGAUGAAUCCCUACCCUGUUCCUGAGCAUUUGGACAAUAUACCAACAAGCACAGGUAUCCCAUACGGCAUGUCCCUGCCCCCAGAGAAACCAGUCACCAGCUGGCUGGACAGCAAACCAGUUUUACCCACCCUGACUUCCUCAGUCGGCAUGCUCUUGCCACCAACAAUGCCGAGCCUGCCACAUUUCAUCAAAAAGGAAGACAAUUCAAUAGCCAUAACUAGCCCUUCUGUUACUGCAAAGAGUGACUCAGGUGCCGCUGACCUUUCAGCUAAAAGUAAUGAUGGAGCGUCUGAAGAGGGUGAAGGUGCAACUCUGCCUACCUCAAAUGGAAAAACUGAAGAAGGCAGCAACUCCUCAGGCCUCAUGACAAAUCUGAGGUCUGCUUCAGAGAGCACUGUUGAUUAUACAACAUCUAACAGCCCUCCCAUGACAACAAACCCACUCAUGCCUCUUAUGUCUGAUCAGUUUAAGGCAAAGUUCCCUUUUGGAGGCAUCCUGGAUCCUCUCCAGGGGUCAGAGACCUCCAAGCUUCAGCAGCUUGUGGAGAACAUUGACAGGAAGGUGACAGACCCUAAUGAAUGUGUCAUCUGCCACCGGAUUCUGAGCUGCCAAAGUGCUCUGAAAAUGCACUAUCGUACUCACACUGGGGAAAGGCCCUUUAAGUGUAAAAUCUGUGGCCGGGCAUUUACCACAAAAGGAAAUCUCAAGACACAUUACAGCGUCCAUAGGGCAAUGCCCCCUCUUAGAGUCCAACACUCCUGCCCUAUUUGUCAGAAGAAGUUCACUAACGCUGUGGUCCUACAGCAACAUAUUCGCAUGCACAUGGGUGGGCAGAUCCCCAAUACCCCUCUGCCAGAGAGUUACCCCGAGUCCAUGGCCUCUGACACUGGCUCAUUUGAGGAGAGAAACUUUGAUGAUCUGGAUAACUUCUCUGAUGACAACAUUGAAGGGAUGGAGGAAGGCCCAGAUAGCAGCGUGCCAGACACCCCUAGGUCAGCUGAUGCAUCCCAUGACAGUCUAUGUAAUUCCCCAGUUCCCCCUGAAAUGUCUUGCCAGGAUGGGCAAGAGAAAAAUGGCCAAGAGAAUGCCCACAAUAAUGACACUGAGGCCAGUCAAAUGAAGGCUUUGAUAAAUGGCUUAGCUGAAGGGGAUUGUCUCACCAAUGACUCCUCGUCUCUGGGCGGGGAUGUUGAAAGUCGAAGCGCCGGGAGUCCAGCUGUGUCAGAAUCUACCUCCUCCAUGCAGGCGCCAUCCCCCACAAGCAUGCAACAUCAACCACACAAAUCCCCAAACCUCGAAGAAAGGCACCAAAGGGCCUUAUCUUUGGAGCACACAAGUGCAAGCCUCUUGCAUUCUCACCCCUCCAACACUGGAGCCUUGGACCUGACAUCUGUCAAUCCCUCAAAAGACCCCUUGGGCAUGAUAUUCUCCUUCCGUGAGCGUAGCACCACCAAGAACACAUCCUGUGACAUCUGUGGGAAGACCUUCGCUUGUCAGAGUGCCUUGGACAUUCACUAUCGAAGCCAUACCAAAGAACGACCAUUUAUUUGCACGGCCUGUAACAGGGGUUUCUCUACCAAGGGCAACCUCAAGCAGCACAUGCUAACCCAUCAAAUGAGAGACCUGCCCUCACAGCUCUUUGAGCCCUCAAACACCAGCUUGUCCUCCAGCCCAACCCCUUCCCUUCUGUCUGUAGGCUCUCUCAACAAGCCAGAGGUCAACGGCUUCCUCCAUAGCCUCCACCAAGAAAACAAGGACAUGCCUUCGGGCAUGGUCACAUCAUCUGCCUCCACUUCCCCUGUGCUGUCUGCUGCUCCACCACGCAGGACGCCGAAGCAACACUUUUGUAACACCUGUGGGAAGUGUUUUUCAUCCUCCAGUGCUCUACAGAUCCACGAGAGAACCCAUACAGGGGAGAAACCCUUCGCCUGCAGUAUCUGUGGUCGAGCUUUCACCACCAAAGGAAACCUCAAGGUUCACAUGGGCACACACAUGUGGAACAGUGCUCCUGCCAGACGGGGCCGUAGGCUCUCCGUGGAUGGGCCAAUGGCCUUCUUGGGUGCCAACCCAGUCAAGUUUCCUGAGAUCUUUCAGAAGGACAUGGCAUCAAGGGCAAGCAACGGAGACCCGGCUAAUUUCUGGAACCAGUACGCUGCAGCUUUCUCCAAUGGCCUGGCGAUGAAGACAAAUGAAAUCUCUGUCAUCCAGAAUGGAGGCAUCCCACCCAUGUCAGGUGGUGUGGGUAAUGGGGGUAGUUCUCCCAUUGGUGGCCUGACCGGCAGUCUAGACAAGCUGCACAGCAUGGAGCCUAAUGCUGCUCUGGCUGGUUUGGAGAAAAUGGCCAACACAGAGAAUGGGGCCCACUUUAGGUUCACACGUUUCAUGGAGGACAAUAAAGAAAUUGUCACAAGUUAGAGCUUCUGUCCUCCGUUGUGCACAGACAAAUGAAGAUGCCUAAUGGCAUGUUGUACACAUAUGUAGACACACAAGGAAAAACACAAAAGAACAAGAUGGGGACAAAAUCAACUGAACUGCUUUGCUCGCCAUUGAAUCUUUACGAACACGAGUGUGAAGACAAGUUGCUUUUUUGUACAAUGUACAUGUUAUAGUUUUAAGGAGCUUAUUUAUUAGUGAUUAUAACCUUGCUUGAAACCAAGUGGAAGCAUUAACAGUUAGGUUUUUGUUUGUUUUAAAGCCAGAAUGGGUAUGUAUGGGUGCUUAAAAAUGUGCUUUUGAAACUUAGAAUAUCUGGGUAGAUAACCUUACCUUGGCAUUAAGUUAUUUUUUGUCUGUAGUAGCUAUAACGGAACUGUCGAUGUUCAUGUGAUGCAUUAGCCCUGUAAUAAAAACAGAUUUGCUGUAAAUAUUGUACACGGAUCCUCUGUAGAUGGUCUAACAUCUGUGUGUUCAAGCCACCCUCCCCUCGUCAAAGCAAAACAAUUAAAUUCAGGCAAGGGACUAAAUGUGUAGUAGUUCCUUUCUUUCACAUUUCUAUUUACCGUUAUUCUAUUUAAGUACGACAAAACUUCGAAGUUUGCUACAUUUUAAGGGGUUUAUUUAGUGUUAACUUGUUUUGUUGUUACUGUUUCUGUGUAUUGUACUUUUUACUUUUUGUUUACUUUUUUUUGCUCGUAUUUGGGUGUUGUGGAAAGCAAGUCAGAAGGGAACAUUCGGUCUGGCCUUUUUUUUUUUUUUUUUUUUUUUUUUAACUCGUUUUUGGAACUGAGACAGCCAAU